AUGCCCUCUGUACCCACCCCCUCCAAGGCGGGUAUAAUUGAAAAGAACAACGGGGAGCGCCAUAUACCCUCAUCUAUACGCCCUGACGGCACAAAACGCAAAGAAAUCAAGAUCCGCCCAGGGUACAAACCACCCGAAGAUGUUGAAGUAUACAGAAACCGCACUGCAGAUGCUUUCAGGAACAGGGGUAGCGGGGGGGUACCUGGAGCCGAGGGAUUGAAGGAUAAUGCAGAGACCGGCGCGAACAGUAAUAAGAAUGCGAAAAGGAGAGAGGCGCGAAAGAAAGCAAAAGCUGCGGAGGAAGGGGAUGGAAACGUGAAAGGGAGUGAGAAGAAAGAUUGGAGGGAAAAGGACAAGCCGGAUGAGAAAACCGAGGAGGUUGUCGAUCCGGAGGUUGAAAGGGAGAAGAAGGCUCGGAACUUGAAGAAGAAGUUAAAGCAGGCCAAGGAAUUGAAGGAGAAAAAGGAAGGUGGCGCUGCGUUAUUACCGGAGCAAUUUGCGAAGGUUAUCAAGAUCAACGAACUCAUCCGAGAGCUCGAUGCGUUGGGCUUCGAUGCUGAAGGAGAGCCGAAAGCCAAAGAAGGAGAGAAGGAGACUUGA